ACAAAAAAAAAGCUCACUUUCUCUUCUGCACGUCGAUCUGCUCGCAAUCUCUCCGUCCCCUUUCGACCCCAUCGACGCCGAAACCCCGCCCUCGUCUUCCUCGAAUUUUCGAGCCCAACGAUGGCCGGCGACUCGCCCUGCUUCCAGUGCUUGCAGCGCUGCGUCGAGUCCGAAAUAUCGGCCGACGUCAUCUUCCGCUACGGAAUCGCCGAUUCCCCUCUCCCCUUCGGCUCCUCCGCCGUCGUUCAGAUCUUCCCGAAUGAUGGAGCAGACAAUGUAGAAAGCGAAGAGGUCUCUGCUCAGUUUUUGCUAGUGCGAUUAGUUGAUCACGAUAACAGGUGCUUGAGACAAAUCACCUGCAGCUCUUCAAAGGACAGUAUAUACAAUGAUUGUGGUGAAGAAGACAUAAGCUUUCCGGCUGAAGAUCAAUCUGAAGUUAAUCUGGGUGUGCUUAACGAUUCGGUAGGCCCACGCUCAUCAGAUUGUAGUGCAGAAGAUCCCAUUGAUCUUCAAAUUGGAAGAAACUCAUAUAUAAAAAUAAUCGCUGCGCUGGCACCAGUUGCUUGUGUCAAACCAGCUUCUGAUGAGACAAUCAAGGAUCUUGCUCGCAAAUACCUAUCUGACUUAACUGAAGAUCAUGUGAUAUCAUCACUAAAUCUCUUCACUCAAGAAAAUUUUGCUGAUCAGUACAGUGCAAACUUCUUAAGCUUAAUUGGAUUUCCAUCAUUCAGUGAGAGCAAUACCCCUUGUAGUGUUAGACAUCCUAACAUCGCUCCAGUUUUGGGUAUCAUAAAGUCAUCUGGCUGUAAUUAUUUAUUAGGUUGUAAAAUCCCUUAUACCUUACAAAACAUUCUGCACUAUAGCCCUGAAGCAUUAAAGUCCGAUUGGCACAUCAGAUUUUUAAUAUACCAAUUGCUGUCUGCAUUGACUUACAUGCACAGUUUGGGAGUUGCUCAUGGUAACAUAUGUCCUUCCAGUAUAUUGCUGAAUGAUUCAUCUUGGGCUUGGCUUAGCAUUACUGAUAUGUUUCUUGUAAGAGGCAACUUAAGUUUAAAAGAACCAGUCUUUUCUUCUACUAGGGCUUUUUGCUGUAUGGAUGGUUGCCCUUGUCACUCUAUUUACGCUGACUUGCAUUUAUCAGCUUCUAUAGAUUGGCAUUCGGAUUUUAUUCAUUGGUGGAAGGGUGAACUUAGCAAUUAUGAAUACCUACUUAUUUUGAAUAGAUUAGCUGGCAGAAGGUGGGGUGACCAUACAUUUCAUAUAGCCAUGCCUUGGGUUAUAGAUUUUACUGUGAAGCCUGAUGAAAACUCUGAUACUGGCUGGAGAGACCUCAAGAAGAGUAAGUGGCGGCUGGCAAAAGGUGACGAACAACUGGAUUUUACAUUUCAAACAUCGGAGAUUCCACAUCAUGUUUCUGAUGAAUGUCUCUCCGAAUUAGCUGUCUGCAGUUAUAAAGCAAGAAGGUUACCUCUGAGAAUACUUCGUUCAGCUGUUCGUUCUGUAUAUGAACCUAAUGAAUAUCCAUCAAAUAUGCAGAGGCUUUACCAAUGGACUCCAGAUGAGUGCAUUCCUGAGUUUUAUAGUGACCCUCAAAUUUUCUUUUCUCUUCAUUCUGAGAUGAGUGAUUUGGUGGUCCCAUCUUGGGCUGCGACUCCUGAAGAAUUUAUUUCCUUGCACCGAGAUGCCUUAGAAAGUGACCGAGUGUCACGACAAAUUCAUCAUUGGAUUGACAUAACUUUCGGUUAUAAGCUUUCAGGUGAAGCAUCUAUUUCCGCAAAGAAUGUAAUGUUGCCCAUAUCUGAUUCAUCAAUGCCAAGGUCAGCCGGGCGCAUGCAGCUUUUUACUAGACCUCAUCCAAUGCGCCGAGGUGUAACUCAACGAUCUCAUUAUAAUAAAACCGAGUUAAACUCUAGCAUGAGACGAGAUAGUAAUGGUUCUUUGCAAACGAGUAAUGGAGAUAUUCUUCUUCCAGAUGCUCACUAUAUGGAACAUUUAGAAGAAGCUAUUUCAUUUUGUGAACAUGCACGCUAUCUAUGCCCGGUUUACAAUUAUCAUGAAAAUUUUGUUAAGAAUUUUCCUUGUUUAAAGUCUUCGCAAGUGUCCAAAGGGGAGAUCCUAGAAUCAACUGGCAGCAAUUCCAUAAUUCCAUCUGAUCUCUUUUCAGGCCUCCUUGAGUGUUUUAAUGUGAAUGAUACUACCCUUGCGGGCUUUCAAGAACUAUUGCGUUGGAGACAGAAAUCAUCCUCUUCGGGAAUUAGUUCUGAAGACCUUGCAGGAGAUAUAUUUUCAAUUGGGUGUAUUUUAGGUGAACUUUAUCUGAAGAGGCCACUUUUUGAUCCUGUGACAUUUUCUGCUUAUAGAGAAAGUGGCACUCUCCCUGGAAUUUUGCAGGAUCUUCCUCCUCAUGUGGCAAUAUUUGUCGAAGCAUCCAUUCAGGAGGACUGGAAGAGGAGGCCUUCUGCAAAAUCUUUGCUAGAGUCUCAGUUCUUCCCUCCAACCAUAAGAUGUGCAUAUUUAUUUCUUGCUCCACUUCAAAUUCUGGCUAAAGCUGGGCAUCGUAUUAAGUAUGCUGCAAAGCUUGCUAGUGUUGGUGCACUAAGAGCAAUGGGAACAUACGCUGCUGAAAUGUGUGCUCCAUUUUGUUUAUCGCUUAUCAUGUCACCCUUGUCAAAUGUUGAAGCUGAGUCAGCCUUAUGCAUAUUGAAAGAAUUUUUGAAGUGCUUGAAUACUCAAGGAAUAAAAACAUUGAUCUUGCCAAGCAUCCAGAAGAUUUUACAGGCGUCAGAAUGUUCACAUCUGAAGGUUUCUCUUCUUCAAGAUUCCUUUGUCCAGGAGUUGUGGACCCGAGUGGGUAAACAAGCAUAUCUGGAAAAGAUUCAACCUUUAGUGAUCGCAAAUUUGUGCAAUUCACCUAACAGGACAUCCGCUUCGGUUGCAUCUGUUGUGCUUAUUGGUUCAUGUGAAGAGCUUGGUAUUCCCAUCACUAUUCACCAGACAAUCUUGCCAAUAAUCCAUUCUUUUGGAAAAGGACUAUCUUCUGAUGGAGUCAAUGUUCUAGUUAGAAUUGGUGGACUUCUUGGAGAAAAAUUUAUCAUCAGACAGCUUCUUCCAUUAAUAAGGAAUAUCAUUCUUUCUUGUAUUGAUGCCUCCCGUUUGAAUAAGUCUGAGCCCCAUGACAGUUGGAUUUCCUUGGCAUUGAUUGAUAGUUUUUCUACUUUAGAUGGGCUUGCUUCAAUCUUGCCUGUGGAGGUAGUCCUUAAAGAGCUUAUUCGGGAGGAGAUCUGCCUUUAUGUAAAGGUUCUCAUGCUGUCGCAUAUGGAUCUCGCUGUCACACAGAUUGCUGCAACCUCUCUCGUUGCUGUUUGUCAGAAGAUUGGACAAGAUUUAACCAUUUCACAUGUCAUGCCACAACUCAAAGAUCUGUUUGAGGAGUUAGCCUUUUCCCCAGAUGCAGCUUAUGGACCCUCUUCUAGUAGGAGAAACUUAAAGGUUUCUAAAGCUAAAUCAGAUGAAGCUGUUCAAAUUGAAAGCAGAUUGGACCUUGUGUUACUGCUGUAUCCUUCCUUUCAAUCCCUCAUUGGCAUGGAGAAGCUAAGACAAUGUUGUUCUGUUUGGUUUCUUUUGGAGCAGAUUCUUCAAAGAUUUUACAACUGGAAGUGGGAUUCUACAAGGGAAUCAUCUAAAACUGGCGGAGACAAUAUGAAUGUUCAAAGGUUUUAUUUUGGCAAAGCUUCUUCCUCAGAAUAUAAUCCAGCUAAACUGUUGCUUAAUGGAGUUGGCUGGUCCAUACCACAAUCACAAGGAGGUAAAGGUGGGAUUACUUCAUUAAAUUCCAAGCAAGUGACUGAAAUUCAACGAAGUUCAUCUAAUAAGCACGCAACAAAAUCCAACCUUGAACACCAUGAACCUUGGUUUUGGUUGCCUGAUGCUAAGUGUGAUGGGCUUGAUUUUCUUGGGCGUAGUGGGGGUCUAAAAGAUGAACUUCCAUGGAAAAUCAAGGCAUCUAUUCUUUACUCUGCACGUGCACAUCCUGGAGCACUGAGAUCUUUAGCCGUUUAUCACGAUGAAUGUACUGUUUAUACGGGAGGAGUUGGUCCUGGGUUCAAGGGAAGUGUGCAGAAGUGGGAAUUGGCUAGAAUGAACUGUGUUUCUGGUUAUUAUGGUCAUGAUGAGGUGGUGAAUGCUAUCAGCAUACUGUCUACUAGUGGAAGGGUUGCUUCCUGUGAUGGGAAUAUUCAUGUAUGGAAUGGGCAAACUGGAAAGCUAAUAGCAGCAUAUGCUGAAUCAUCGGCUAAUUUAGCGCAUAAUGGUUUGCCACUUGCAGCUAAAGUGACUGCAGAUCAACCCAACAUGCUAACUCCGAAUGUUCUAUCAGGAGGAAUAUUGUCUAAUGCUUUCAGUGAUAGUUUGUACACUUGCAUGCAUCACUUAGAAUAUGAAGAAAAGCUUGUAGCCGGCAUGGGGAAUGGUUCAGUCAGGUUUAUUGAUGUUGUUCACGAUCAGAAACUGCAUCUAUGGAAGAAUAAUGCAGCCGAAUAUUCUUUUGCCUCCCUUGUUUCUGCCAUUUGCUCCUGUGGCUCUGGAAAAUUUCAAGAAAGAGCUGUGACAUCACCAUCAUAUAUAGCUAUCGGGCUUAGUUCUGGCUAUUGUAGGUUGCUUGAUGCAAGGAGUGGAAAUAUUAUUUCUGCUUGGCGAGCACAUGAUGGUUAUAUUACCAAGUUGGCUGCACCUGAGGAUAAUCUGCUCGUCUCCAGCUCCCUUGAUAAGACUCUGCGAGUGUGGGACCUCAGGAGGAAUCUGGGAUCUCAGUCAAAUGUUUUUAGAGGCCAUCAAGAUGGCAUCUCCAGCUUCUCGAUUUGGGGUCAGGAUGUGAUCUCGGUCUCCAGAAAUAAGAUUGCACUAACUUCCCUUUCUCGGUGCACAAAUGAAGGAGGGCAGAGGCAGCUUUCACUUCAGAAUUUGUAUACGGCUGAUAAGGGUACAAGGAACCUCUCGGUUAUAUCUACCAUCGAUGUGCUCCCUUUUUCGCGGUUGUUUCUCGUGGGAACAGAGGAUGGUUAUCUUAAAAUCUGCAGCUAGUUGGUGUUGCUUUAAUAUUUUCGAAAGUUUUAUUUGAAUUUUUUUGGGGGCUAUAUUUUCGAUGAUUGGUCUCGUUUGUAAUGUAACUAUGGUUUGUUUGUUUUGGUGGAAUAUCUGUAAACUAUGGGAAAACAAGUGUUGUAUAUAAGGCUAAAUAUUCUCCAAAUGAAGCUGCUUGGGAUUUGCUGAGAUC